CAAAGGCCACCCCAAACCAAAUAAGUCAGAAUCUCUGAAAGUGAGGCCAGGUUUGGGAAUCACUUGGUCUACCCUGUGUUGGCAGAAGUGAACCUAAAUCCAGCUGCUGAUAACCUGACUACUUGCCCUGGCCUGGGGGACAAGUCCAGUGGUUGAUCUCUGGAAACUCUUUGGAGCUUCUUCCAUCUCGACAUUUCACUGAUCCAGCAGACCUGAAAGGCAACAAGACUCUCCUGGACUCUGAGGCAGGAGAAAGAAAGAGUACAGAGACUGGAGUGAGGACAUCUGGAUUUUGAUCUCAGCUUGGCCACUGUGUGUGGUCUUCGAGAAGCCUCUCCCCUCAGCUCCGGCUUCAGCCACCGCAGAGGCCUCUGGACAGAGCUUGCACCGUCCUCCUCUCUCAGCAAGGGGGCUCCAGAGACUGCCCCAGCCAGGAAGUCUGACGGCCCAGGCAUUCGGUGGGUCGGCUCCUCAGCACUUGCCUGGGGCCCGGUGUGUGUUUGGUGCGUGGGGACAGUCCCUUGGUAAUGUCCAGGGCUCCAGAAAGAGAAAGAGAUGUCCUUGUGGCUGGAGGCCCCUGUGCCUAAUGUUUCUCCUGACUCUGCAGUGGAGCUGUGGGAACCAGAUGCACAAGAUGCAAACAGCCGGGCGCUGAGAGGCAGCAACUGCAUCCUCAGGGAGGAAGCCAGCAUGCCCCAAUCAGCCGGGGGCACUUCGGGGGCAGGGUUGGAGGUGGCAGUUCCCACAGUCCCAGGAAUGGAAGUCCUUCCAGAGUCUACAGAGCUCCGUCCACAAAAGCGGAAAAAGGGGCCAGCCCCCAAAAUGCUGGGGAAUGAGCUGUGCAGUGUGUGUGGGGACAAGGCCUCUGGCUUCCACUACAACGUGCUGAGCUGUGAGGGCUGCAAGGGAUUCUUCCGCCGCAGUGUCAUCAAAGGGGCGCGCUACAUCUGCCACAGCGGGGGCCACUGCCCCAUGGACACCUAUAUGCGUCGCAAGUGCCAGGAGUGUCGCCUUCGCAAAUGCCGCCAAGCUGGCAUGCGGGAGGAGUGUGUCCUGUCAGAAGAACAGAUCCGACUGAAGAAACUGAAGCGGCAAGAGGAGGAACAGGCUCAGGCCACAUCCGUGCCCCCAAGAGCAUCCUCACCUCCCCAAGUCCUGCCCCAACUCAGCCCAGAGCAACUGGGUAUGAUUGAGAAGCUAGUGGCUGCCCAGCAACAGUGUAACAGACGCUCCUUUUCUGACCAGCUUCGAGUCACGCCUUGGCCCAUGGCACCAGAUCCCCAGAGCUGGGAGGCCCGUCAGCAGCGCUUUGCCCACUUCACUGAGCUGGCCAUCGUCUCUGUGCAGGAGAUCGUUGAUUUUGCCAAGCAGCUGCCCGGCUUCUUGCAGCUCAGCCGGGAGGACCAGAUCGCCUUGCUGAAGACCUCCACUAUUGAGGUGAUGCUUCUGGAGACAUCUCGGAGGUACAACCCUGAGAGUGAGAGUAUCACCUUCCUCAAGGAUUUCAGUUAUAACCGGGAAGACUUUGCUAAAGCAGGACUGCAAGUGGAGUUCAUCAACCCCAUCUUUGAGUUUUCCAGAGCCAUGAAUGAGUUGCAGCUCAAUGAUGCCGAGUUUGCCUUGCUCAUUGCCAUCAGCAUCUUUUCUGCAGACCGGCCCAACGUGCAGGAUCAGCUCCAGGUAGAGAGGCUGCAACACACAUAUGUGGAGGCCCUGCAUGCCUAUGUCUCCAUCCACCACCCCCAUGACCCACUCAUGUUCCCACGGAUGCUAAUGAAGCUGGUGAGCCUCCGGACACUGAGCAGUGUCCACUCAGAGCAAGUGUUUGCGCUGCGUCUGCAGGACAAAAAGCUUCCCCCGCUGCUCUCUGAGAUCUGGGAUGUGCACGAAUGACUGUCCUCGGCUGGCUGAGGCCUGGCUGGCUGAGGUCCCACUGGUGGCCUCCUAGAGGUGGAACAGACUGAGAAGGGCAAACAUUCCUGGGCGCUGUGCAAAAGAGAUCCGCACGUGGCAUUAAAGGAGAGUAACGGGUUGGGAGUUCUGUGACUGCUGGGCACCGAGGGUCCUGCCAAAGCUGUGCUCCAUUUGAACACUGUACUGGCCUGAUCAAAAGGAUGAACCUGGGGGCCACUUUGCACAAGGUUCUCCAGGCCCUGCCUCCACCACUUCCUGUUUUCCCCACAGGGCCCCUAGAGAAAUUCUCACUGUCACGCUGCGGCUUGACCAUAAAUGCCUCCGGGCUGCCUCCCUGA